AUGAUUCGGCUCCAAGUUUCACCACGGAAGCUGAGUUGAGAAAUGUUGCGAUAGAGUUUCAAAGUAUGAUCGUUUAUAAUCGGAAAGCUAAGGGUUUCGAACGAAGAGGUACAUUUGAACAACAUCUGAUUAAACUGGUGGAAAUCACGAGGGGUAAAUAUGAUGCAUAACUGAUAGGCCACAGAUGACAACAGUGCUGGUAUGGUUGGUUGCCCCAGAUAAGAUCCCACUAUGAAGUGUCUGCUGAUAGCCAGCGAGAGCGCGGAGGUCCUCUUCUAUUGGACAGACCCAGAGUUUGAACUCAACAUCCAGGAGCAGUAUGGCGCGUCACAGGAAGAGGGGGAGAAGCCACCAGCAUUUGAGGACAGCAUCAACACUCUGUUUGCCCCCAUCAUCAUCUCCUGCAGUACCAUGGUGGACAGACUGGGAGACAGCUAUACAUCCUUUUGUACUGAGAACAACCACACCUAUGUGCUACAUCAGUUUGAGGAGUGUCUGUACAUCGCUGUGAACGGAGACAGAGAAGAGGGCGAGGAGGAUCUGAAGAGGAAGAUUUACGUGAUGAAGAAGAUGCUUGAGGUCCUCUUCGGCAUGGUUACCCUCAGCAGCACCCUGAUCAGGAAAGAGCUGCGUCCUCAGGACACAGAGCAGAGGACCAAUCUAUGGAAAUAUCUACAGAACCUCCUGGAGACCUACAGCCGCCUCCAAGAGCAGGACCAGAGCUUUUUAGUAGAGGCAGUAGAGAGGUUGAUCCAUCCUACUCUAUGUGAACAGUGUAUAGAGUUUCUGGAGCGUCGCUUGGUGCAGCAGAUCAACAGUAGUGUGGAGAGAGCAGGAGAGGAGGUCCUCCAUGCAUUCAUACUGGUGCACACCAAACUACUAGCCUUCUAUUCCAGGUUACUGUCCAUUACUAUUAAGACCAAACUACUAGCCUUCUAUUCCAGUCGUAACGCUAGUACCCUCACCUCGUCUGACCUGCUGGCUCUUAUCGUCAUGGUGCAGAACAUGUAUCCUAGCAACAUCGACCUGGAGGAUACUGCCCCCGAGGAUGUGGAGAACACCUCAGCCCCAGAUAUAUUCUACACUCCAGAGCCUUCCCCUACUAAUAGGGACUCUGGGACUGACAGGGACUCUGUUAAUUCAGGCAGGCAUGAGGAGAGCAGGCAUGAGGAGAGCAGGCAUGAGGAGAGCAGGCAUGAGGAGAGCUGUCAUGAAGAGAGCUGUCAUGAAGAGAGCUGUCAUGUGGGGAGCGGUACUCCUGUGUUCCAGUUUUUGGAUCCAGACAUUCAGAUGGCAGAGGACAGUCUCCAGACCCUGGAAGCUCCUCCCCCUGACCCCUCAAACCCUAGCAGAGUCUUCCUAGAGGUCACGCUGAAGGAGGGCUGCUAUCCCAUGAUGCCUCACUCCAUGUACUGUCUGCCACUCUGGCCGGGCAUCACUCUGGUGCUGCUCACUAAGAUACCUAACAGUAACCUGGCCAUGUCAGUCUAUGUGUUCCUGGAGGCAUUUGCUAAGUUGGAGAAGCGUCUGAGUGAAGGUCUGGAGGGGUCAGCGGCCCGCGGCCAGACGUCCAUACAGGACCUCCGCAACAAACUGGACAAGUUCAUUAGGGCAUUGGGAACCUCAGACAUACAGACGUCCCAGCUACAGAGUGUGUGGACAGAGUUUAAGAGCCGGGCAUUCACCAGAGGAGGACCUGGCUUCAGCAAGGACCUGGUCCCCUGGUGUCGUACUAUGAAGAGCCAGCUGUGUGGAGUCUACCGACAAUGUUUCAUCACAGAGAACACAGUUGUAGGAGGGAAUCCACAGCGUCUAUCACCCAGUCUACAGGACAGAGCUCUCACCAUGGUGCAGGAGAAGUUGAUGGAUUGGAAAGACUUCCUGUUGGUGAAGAGUAAGAGAAACAUCACCAUGGUCUCGUACCUUGAGGAGUUCCCGGGCCUGAUCCAUUUCAUCUACGUCGACCGCACCGCUGGUCAGAUGAUCGCUCCAUCUCUCAACAUCACGGACCGCGCAACCUCUGAGCUAGGAAAGGGGCCACUGGCUCACUUCAUAAAGGGCAAGGUAUGGGGCCUGGUUAAUACAUCGAGGAUUUACCUACAGAAGGGUUAUUCCACUGUCACUCUGAGAGAUGGAGACUACUUCUUCUGCUACUUCCUCUGGUUCGAAAACGAAACGGGCUACAAGCUGGAAGUAAAGGACCUGCCAAUCCUGCCCAAUGACUCCGCCCCCAUCGGAAUGCUGGCCUGGGACUACUACAGGAAGCUGUUGCGCUAUUAUAGUAAGAGCCACCAGGGGGAGGUGGUGAAGUGUUAUGAGCUGCUGACAGUCCAUCUAGGAGUCAUCCCAACAGAGUACAUACUACAACACUGUAGUCAAUUAGCACGCAAACUCUGGGAGCCCUCACGUAUACCCCUACUGUAGGAGACACACACACACAUAGAUCACUGAUUGUACAAAACAUUAAGUACACCUGCUCUUUCUAUGACAUUAACUGACCAGGUGAAAGGUAUAUCUUAUUGAUGUCACUUGUUAAAUCCACCUCAAUCAGUGCAGAUAAAGGAGAGGAGACAGGUUAAAGAAUAUUAUUUAAGUGUUGAGAAAAUUGAGACAUUGUGUGUGUGCAAUUCAGAAAGUGAAUGGGCAAGACAAAAAGUACCUUUGAACAGGGUAUGUCAGUAGGUAGGUGCCAGGGGCACCGGUUUGUGUCAAGAACUGCAACGCUGCUGGGUUUUUCACACUCAACAGUUUCCCGUGUGUAUCAAGAAUGGUCCAACCCCCAAAGGACAUCAAGCCAACUUGACACAACUGUGAGAAGCAUUGGAGUCAAAAUGGGCCGGCAUCCCUGUGGAACGCUUUCAACACCUUGUAGAGUCCAUUCCCCCGACGAAUUAAGGCUGUUCUGAGGGGAAAGAGGAGGGGGAUUCAACUCAAUAUUAGGAAGGUGUUCUUAAUGUUUUUUACAUUCAGUGUAUACACACACCAUUACCACGGUAAUACACACACAAACACGGUAAUACACACACAAACACCAGGGAAGGCUGGUGGGAGGUGCUAUGGCUGAUGAUUGCAAUGGCUAAAAGGGAAUAAAUGGAAACCACAUGUUGGUGACUCCGAUCCAUUAAUUCCAUUCCAGAUAUUACAAUGAGCCUGUCCUCCUAUAGCUCCUCCCACCAGCCUCCACUGACACACACACACACACACACACACACACACACACACACACACAUCUGUGACCAUGAAACAUGGUGCUACACAUUCAACCCUGCUGAAACGUGUGGGCAUCAGUGCCAAUAAAGGAUGUUUACAGGUGACAGUUUGUCCAACAAUAACAGUGUGUAUUCUAUAUUCCAAAUCAUCCUGUUCUACCAUCUGCAAGUCACUGGAAUGACAUAGCCAAGUGAUUGACCUUUAGCACUGAUAAAUACUGUUUGACUGCACUUGUCCUGCUGCUUUUAUAAUACAAUAUGUCAUUGUUGUCAUCACUGGCUUUUCUCUGAAACCUCAAAAAUACUUUAUCCUUUCAUGUUUUUGUUUUGUUUUUGUUUUUUGAAUAGAUUGUGAACCGAUGUAAUUACCUAGUGGAUAAUGACAAGUUCAAACUGCUUUGAGUAUUUUCAGUGAUAGCAGAUAUUGCAGUUAUAAUAUAAUCUGUUUUUCUUUUCUUUUUGUAAAUGUUUAUAUUGUCUUGUAUUUCACCAUGUAUUGAAUUCAGUCAAUUAUUGUAUUUUUUGUUUCUUCAUUUCUCACAUGCAGUUAAUUUUCUAUAAUGUUUCUGCUAACAAUUAAAAUGGGUGUUAUAGUGAUGACAUGGCAGUGCAAUGAAAAUAUGAACAAGUAACUCACACAGCUGAGCGUGAUACCAGGUGCAUGGAGCAAACAAUAUACUUAUUAAAUAUAAGAAAAAUAUUGAUGCUUUCAAAAAUGUUAUGGAUCUAUUUAUCCACUUUGUUUUGAGACACUGGUAAAUAGAUCCAUUGAAAUGUUGGAAGCAUCAAGAUUACCAGUGUGCUAGAGUUUAUUUUUUUGAAUGCAAUAAAAAAAAAAACACUU